AUGCCUGUCCAGAAACGUGCUCCAAUAUUUGCACAAGGGUCCAGAGUCAGGCGCCAGAACCACUCUUGCGACCAAUGCAGAAAAUCUAAACGAGCAUGCGAUGCAUUGUGUCCAGAUCUGACCCGACAAGCAUCAUUUAGCAAUGUUGAUGGCCGGCGACUACCGUGUUCAUACUGCGCCAGAACAAAAAAACGCUGUACCAUGGAGUGGGCCCUAUUGCAGACUCGUCCUGCCCUGAAAACACCUGGCCAAGAAUCCUAUUCCGAGAAUUUGAUGGAUGAUCUUCUCUCCCCAUGGAAGACUGGGGAGUCCCGUGUUGGGGUUAAGUUAGGAAAAUGGGCUGACCUCGACGAACCAAAUUCUAUGCAGGAGCUUAUGACCUGGGAACCAGCCAAUUUGGAUUUGACCGGAUCCUUGGUGGACUAUGGUUCAAUGCUGCCCAGUUCCAUCUUUAGUGAUAACGAGUCCUUCCCGGAGGAGAUGCAGGCAGAUAUGCCAGCCACAUCAACAUCUGCAGGAUCUCUUUCUGAUCUCCUACUGUCGGGCAUCUCUACCCAGCAGUCUUCUGAUUCCCAGCUUGAUCCGAUGUGGCCAACCUUCCAAGGUAUACAAAACUCUCAGGAGUAUAGCAGUCUCCAACCAAUCUCAUCAAAACCCCCUCAGCAGCCGAGUGACUCCACCUGUAUGUCUUUUAAUCAACCAUCAUCCAGCCGGAAUAGCCCCAGAAGUCCGCUUUCUCCAUUUUCUAUCGAUCAACAAAUGAUCACCACAUACAACUACCACCUGACUUCAACAAACCUACUUCAAAUAUACCAUGAUGUGCUAGAGCACAAUUUGUCAUGUUGGUUGACUGAGAUGACCUGUCCCUACCAACUACCGUCGCGAAAGAUUAGUCAAAUCAUCCCAGAAUGGGGUUCAUCGUGGUCCAAUAGGAUAUACCAACGCACGAUUAAGCUUGAUCGUGUCGCACAAGCCAGCAAUUUUCUACAACUGACACGCUCAGAAGACCAAGCCGCGUCCAAGGCUCUGCACCUUGCCAUUAUGUCCUUCGCUACGCAGUGGGCGCAGGGCAGUCAGCGGCAGCAAGAGAAAUAUCCUACCAACCAUCUCAAUCAUGAGAAUGAUGACAUUUCAGGUGGUAUCACUAGCGAGUUCGACCGCAUUCUUCAAAAUCAAUUUUGGGACCAAGCACACCGUGCUCUACAAGAUGUUGCUGAUGUGGAGUCGUAUAGGGUAGCCUGUGCCGAGCUGAUUUUUGGAUUGACACAACGGCCAUGGAAUUCUGACAACCAGAAUCAUGGGCAUCUAACCGGGGAAAAUGACUGCAAGUUUACUAUAGACUUAGUCUUGGGUCAAUUGCGUGAUAUAAUACACAAAGAAGGGCCACCAAUAUACAUCGAGAGAGCAGCUCGAAAAAUGCACUCACUGAAGUUUCGCUGUGAUAUACUCGAUAAGGGCCUCGGCAGCCAAUAUGGUAGUCAAGAGAAGGGAGUCUAUGGUACUGUAGGCUUUAACUGUGAGGACCGAGCUACGAUUGGCUUGCUCUACUGGCUAGCCAUCAUGUUUGACACCGUCUCCUCAUCCAUGAACGAACGGCCAGUCGUGGUAUUAGAUGAGGACUGCCAGCACGAAGCGCAAAAGGGGAUUCAGCAAGCUGCGACUAUAGAUAAGUCUCUCGCACGAAACCGGUGGAAUCUCGAACUUUUUGUGCAAGGAAGCCUCAAAGAGGCGCAUGCAAUGCAAUGGCCCUGCACCUACGAGGCGGCUGCCAAAGACGUCGUCAAGUCAGCACCUGUUAAAGUUCUUCUUUUUCGUCACCUGUCGUACCUACAAAACGCUGUUCGAAAGAGCUCCCAUGAAGAGCAAAUUGAAGACAUCAUCCACAGCACAAGGUCGCUAUAUGAAUACUGGAACAAGACACACGGCGCCUUCUUUAGACAGCUCGUUCAGAACUAUAGUGCCAUUCCACUGCGCAUACAGGGCUGGUUUGUCUGUAUCUCUGCGCACUGGCACCUCGCCGCUUUGAUGUUUGCGGAUCUGCUGGAAUUUAUCGACGAGAAUGCCUUGGGUAUGGAAGACGCAGCUUGCAAUCGUAUAAACAGUCAGAUCGCUAGGAAAAUUAGGAGGCAUAGUGCCAUGGAGCUAUCGGAUUUAGCAAGAGUUGCUACUCCGACUACCAGAGAUACUACUCUCGGUGUACCGCAGAUGCCGGGUUUUCACCAAGCUGUCAACGAGGGAACACUUUUAACCGAGCCUUGGACAAUGAUUCUGAUCAGGGCAUUUACCAAGGCUUGUGUGGUCUUUUUAUCUGAAGCGGAUCAGUCCCUACGCUUAUCCAGGACUACUUACGGGCAUAGUAGUCUUGAUUUCGAGCGGAAUAUGGAGCAGGCUGAGUAUUGUAUCAAGGGGCAAUGGCUGCUUGGAAAAAAGUCGGAUAUGGCACGUAACAUUGCUGAGACACUUUCUCGCGCGCUGGGAAAAUUACGGAAUGAGUAUGUUAAAUGA